UGAGCUGAAAGGAUGUACUUCUAGAUACAUAGACACUCCUUAAAAAAAAAAAAUUAAAAAAACAAUUUUCCCAAAGGAUGAGGAGUCGACUUGUCACGAAGGCAGCGUGCUUUUUGGGCACUUCUGCGCUUCUGAUUUACGCGCUGGAUUAUUUUGUCGUCUUCCUCAGAAAUCCGUCUCCAAACCUUUUCCCCAGGUUGGGGAGAGAAACUGAACACACCAUCCUGGACAAACUAGACGGAAUCGAGCGACAGAUUGAUCACAUUGCUAAAUUGUUGGAGCUGGGAAUUCAGAAAUUCUCGCAAUCAGGGGAAAAGCAUCUGGGAGUGGAGGAGGACGAGAGGAAAAAGAAGAAGGGAGUGUUCAACAAGUUGUUCCCAAACUCUGAGCUGUUCAGCAGGUGGGGUGAGGAUCUAUCCGAGGAGAAACAGAGGCAAGCCGAGCGCUUAUUUCAGCUUUAUGGCUACAAUGUGUUUCUCAGUGACAGACUUCCUCUGAACAGGACGCUACCAGACACCCGAGACGUCAGGUGUGCGACGAAGGUGUAUCCGGAGCAGCUCCCGUCCCUCAGCGUGGUUCUCAUCUACUUGAAUGAGGCACUUUCGGUUAUAAAGAGAGCCAUACACAGCAUUAUUGAAAGAACACCUGCUCACCUGCUCAAGGAAAUCAUACUGGUGGACGAUUACAGCACUAACGAUGAUCUGAAGGAAAAUCUCAGCAAAUUUAUCGACCAGGUUCAUCAACAAAGGCCGGGAUUACUUAAGAAAGUGAGCCAUAAACAACGACUAGGUCUGGCACAAGCUCGUAUUUCAGGAUGGAAAGCAGCCGUCGGCGACGUAGUGGCCAUUCUGGAUGCCCACAUUGAGGUGCAUAAGCAAUGGGCAGAACCUCUGCUGGCCAGAAUCAAAGUAGAUCGGACGGUGGUGCUGUCUCCGGUGUUUGACCGGGUGGAAUUUGACACGCUUGAAGUGAAUUUGUACUCUCCAUCCACUCAUGGCUUCGACUGGCAGAUGUGGUGCAUGUACGAGUCCUUCAGGCCAGACUGGUAUUUCCUUAACGACCCGUCCGCCCCUGGGAAGAGUCCUUCCAUCAUGGGAAUCCUUGUGGUUGAUCGAAAGUUCUUGGGAGAAAUCGGAGGAUUGGAUGAAGGAAUGGAAAUUUACGGAGGCGAGAACGUCGAGCUCGGAAUACGAGUUUGGCUUUGUGGAGGAAGCAUCGAAAUCAUCCCUUGCUCGAAGAUCGCUCAUAUAGAGAGGGCACACAAGCCUUACGCACCAGAUCUGGGUGAGCCCAUGCGAAGAAACGCACUCAGGGUGGCUGAAAUCUGGAUGGAUGAAUAUAAAAGAAACGUUAUUAUAAGCUGGAAUCUUCCUCUGGAGGAUCAUGGAAUUGAUAUCGGAGACGUGACGGAAAGAAAGAAGCUGAGAAACCAGUUGAAAUGUAAACCCUUUAGCUGGUACCUGGAGAACGUGUAUCCUGAGUUAGUCCCCUUGGAUGAUCUACUCGGCUAUGGCGUGAUACAGAGUGGCCUCCUAGAAAAUCACUGCAUUGAUCAGGGUCCUGUUCCUGGCAGUGUUCCUGUCCUUUAUCAGUGUCAUUUCUUUAGCCCUCAGCUCUGUUACUAUAAGAGCACCGGGGAACUCUACGUCGGCGGUAUCAAAUCUCACAAGUACAAUAAUAAUCGCUGCCUCGUGGAUCCCGGUGAGGGAAACAAACCUGCACUGUAUGACUGUAAAAUGGCCAAGGAGAAAGGAUUCCACAUGCUCUGGGACUUUAAACAGGGAAAUGCAAUAAGAAACAAACAAACCAACAGAUGUAUUGAGAUUGCUCAAGGAGAAGAUUCAUGGUACCAACUCAUCAUUCAGGCCUGCAGUGCGCAAACUUGGAAAAUACAGCACAUCAUUAAAGAAUUUUAAACUACCUCAUGACAGCAAUUUUGAUCAAAUAACAACCAAAGGGAAUGAGACCUAUCGAACGUUGACCCUGGCUGAGAUUUCUCAGUAAAGAGUAAUGGAGUAAACGGUUGACUUGUAGAUGUAAAGCUAGGGCACGCCGAGACGGAAAUUUCCUACUGGAAAUGCAAACUAAGAAGGCUAGAGCACUGUUGCUAGGCAACUGAAACAUGCGGAUGCCUAAAAAAAUAGCUAAUGACCGAGGUUAUUGAUUGCAAUGUAAUCCCAGAUUGACUGUGGAAACACAUUAGGAAUAUCAACAGUUUCAUCGCUUGCACUAAAAAAAGGUGCCUGAGAAAAGACUAAUCAAGUAAUCGAUCUAAUCACUGCACAUCCAAAAACUGAACUUCUAUGAGCUCAACUUUAUUGAGAAACAAGAACAAGGUGAUACAACUAGUGGACUGGAAUUGUGUGACAUCCAAAAGUGAAUAGAACAAGAGCGGGCUGUUUGCACGGAUCCUCUGUUUAAACAUAGUGAACAAGCAUAACACCAUUACUGGAUCUGGGCACGUUUGCUGUUUACAGUUUUGCAUCUACUUUUAAAAUCGUUUUCCUGCUUGGAGUUAUUCCUGUGUUCGUAUUGUCUGAGUACAUACAAAUCAAAUCAAAUUUUAUUUUAUUUGAUAUAUUUUAUUUUAUUACAUAUUCUUUUUUAUUGAUUUUAUUUUAUUACAUAUUCUGAGUUUAAGAAUAUUUUAAAAAUUUUUUUUUUUUAAUUUGAAGUUCAUUUGAAGUAUCUAUCUUCAUCGAAUCUUUCAUUGUCACUCUUUCCCUCUGCUACAGCGUAGGAACUGAGUAUCAACAAACAAAACAGAAAAUGAAAUCAACAUUAAAAGCUUAAUGAAUUAAGUUCUAGCAUAACCCACACAACAAGACAAUUAUUCAGCAAGUGAAGCUAGGUUUGUUUGACGUAUCUAUAGUAUAUUUAUCAGAAGGCCGAAAUCGAUAAUGCUAUUAUUAAAUAGAUUUAACACUUUUACCAGUGGAUGAUAACAAGCAAGUGUCCUGAUUAGUCAUUUAAAAUAUAUCCACUAAUAGGCCUCCACUCUUUUGUCCUGUUUGGAUGAAUAAUUUAUUGUUUUGUUUGAAAUAAAUUUAUACUGUGUUUGAA